AUGAAAGAGUAUUGGACAUCAUUAGCUUCACUCCUCGGCGUAUUAGCUUUCUGUCAAAGCUUAAUGCAAUCAAUCUUCCCACCGGAGCUCCGUUUCGCCUUCCUCAAAUUCUUCAACAGAAUCUUCCACCUCUUCUCAACUUACUGUUACUUCGAUAUAACAGAGAUCGACGGAGUCAACACCAACGAGCUCUACAACGCCGUUCAACUCUACCUAAGCUCAUCCGUUUCAAUAGCCGGAAACCGUUUAAGCCUCACGCGAGCCGUUAACUCUUCCUCAAUCACAUUUGGUCUCUCAAACAACGACUCAAUCGUCGACACAUUUAACGGCGUUACAGUCCUAUGGGAACACGUCGUUACACAGCGUCAAACUCAAACUUUCGCUUGGAGACCAUUACCUGAAGAGAAACGUGGAUUCACUCUCCGAAUCAAGAAGAAAAACAAAACCUUGAUCUUAAGUUCUUACCUAGACUACAUCAUGGAGAGAGCUAACGAGAUUCGCCGGAAAAACCAAGAUCGUUUGCUUUACACGAAUUCGAGAGGUGGGUCUUUGGAUUCGAGAGGUCAUCCAUGGGAAUCUGUUCCUUUUAAGCAUCCAAGCACUUUCGAAACUCUUGCAAUGGAUCCCAUUAAGAAACAAGAGAUCAUGGAUGAUCUUAAGGAUUUUGCAGAAGGUCAAUUGUUUUAUCAGAAAACAGGUCGGGCUUGGAAAAGAGGAUAUCUACUUUAUGGUCCUCCAGGUACUGGCAAGUCGAGUAUGAUUGCAGCUAUGGCGAAUUACCUCGGUUACGACAUCUACGACCUCGAGCUAACCGAAGUUCAUAGCAACUCGGAGUUGAGGAAAUUGCUGAUGAAAACGAGUUCUAAGUCGAUUAUCGUCAUCGAAGACAUAGAUUGUUCGAUCAAUUUAACGAAUCGGAAGAAGAAUAAUGCGGUUUCUCAAAAGAGCUAUUACGAACCGGAAACAAGAACCGGGUCUGGUUCUGGUUCAGGAGAAGAGUCUGGUAAUGGGAACACGAUAACUUUGUCGGGUUUGUUGAAUUUUACGGAUGGGCUUUGGUCUUGUUGUGGGAGUGAGAGGAUCUUUGUGUUUACGACGAAUCAUAUAGAGAAGCUUGAUCCUGCAUUGCUAAGAAGUGGAAGAAUGGAUAUGCAUAUAUACAUGAGUUACUGUAAUUUCCCAUCGUUGAAGAUUUUGAUCAAGAAUUAUUUGGGUUAUGGGGAAGAAGAUGUAAACGACGACGUUUUGAAGGAGAUGGAGAGAGUGGUUGACAAGGCGGAGAUGACGCCUGCUGACGUGAGCGAGGCUUUGAUAAAGAAUCGGAGGGAUAAGGAGAAAGCGAUUAGGGAGCUGUUGGAUGAUUUGAAGAGUAGAGGGGAGAGAAAUGUGAAAGAUGGGAAAUUUAGGGGUCAAAGUGGGAAUUUGACGGACUUGGAAAUUGUUGAAGAACAAGAGAAGAGGGCUAUAGAUAGUCAAAAUGAAGAAGAAAUUGAGCUUGAGGAUAAUAUUUGUAAGACUAGAGAAGAUUAA